AGGAAACAAAAUGCUAAACACAAAGCGGGGUCAUCAUCCUUUCAUGGUUGCCUCCUCUUCUUCUUCCCACUCCCACCACAUCUGCUCUCUCAGUUUCAAUCCAUAAAAGCUCAGCUUCUCAUUUUUCUCCAUUUCAUUUUCCUCGGAUUCUCUCUCAGCUUUCGCUUAAUGGCCAGAUUGAUAUUUUGAAUCGCCUUUUGCUCCCAUUCCUUUUCUUCUGAUUUCAUCUUGUUCCAUUUCCGAGAAGCCCUCGCUCGAUAUCACUUUCUUGCUGUUUUUCAGGGUUUAUUUUCGUUGGGACUUUGUGUGUUUCUUUGAGAACUUCGAUUCGUCCGUUUUGUGUUUUAGGGUUAACCAGUCGACUAAAAGGUUCGAUCUUGUGCUUUGUUUAGUAUCCAUUGAAUGGUUCAGUGACGCAAUGGUGUCCGCGAAUGAUCCUAUCGAGACUAUAUUCAAUUCAAUUCAAGUAGUUAAGGAUGUUCUUCUCCCGAUCGAGCUGGGAGUGAAAAAGGCGGCAAGAGACAUCGAGAGUUGUUGGAUAAGCAAAGAAAAGGAUCUGGCUCUUGCUUUGAGAUCACAUGGAAGAAACAGGAAGAAGCGGAUUUGUGCUAGUCCCGACUCGGAGGAAAAUGUUGAUGUUCAGUGUAUUGUGAGUGAAGAGAGAAAGAAAGGCUUGUCAAUCAAAAUCCCUGUGAAGUCACUCUUUGGGAUGUUCUCUCCGAAUCUAGCGAGCGAGAAGUUGAGUCGUAGAAAUGAGGUGGUGAAGAAAGACAAGUGUUUUGAGAAAGAGGAUGAUUCUUGUACGAAUUGCUUCAAGUUUGCGAUGACUUGGUCUUUGUUGGUUGGUGGCUUUGUCCAUGCUUUUCCCAUUCCCUUUAAGAUAGGCAAGAAGAGGAUUCACAAAACGGGGGAUGAUGAGAACAGUCUUUCUCAUUCACGUAAACAGAACCUUAAAUCAAAGGCUUCAUUUGCAAAUCGGAAAGAAAUGAAGAAUCAGUCAGCUAAAUCUACAGAAAAGGAAGGGAACCAUUUUUCGAUUGAAUGUGCCAUGGGUUUUGUUAUUGAAAUGUUGACUCAGAAUCUCCAGAAGCUGGACCAAUUCAUGCAGGACAGUUCACAGACUGAAUCUUGUUGUUCCAAGGAAGCUAGUCCAAAUGAUAUUCCACUUAUCUUCAACAUAUGGGAGGCUAGAAAACUCGACGUUAAUGGAUUCCUCGGGAACCUGAUGUUUGCCAGAGUUGGAGAUGUGGCGUCAGGUAUAGUUGGCCUGACAUCUCCCAUGAGUGAAGAUGGUGAUGAAAGUAAUGUUAGUACUAAGGAGGAAAAUGCCGUUGAUUCUCCACAGAACCUGGCAAGUGGUCUGCUGAGUAUACCUUUGUCAAAUGUAGAGCGCUUGAAAUCCACAUUGUCCACGAUUUCGUUGACUGAACUUAUUGAGCUCUUACCGCAAUUAGGACGACCUUCAGGAGACCAUCCAGACAAGAAAAAACUAAUAUCUGUUCAGGACUUUUUCAGAUACACCGAGUCUGAAGGCAGGAGGUUCUUCGAAGAAUUAGAUAGAGAUGGUGAUGGUAAGGUAACUUUGGAAGAUUUGGAAAUUGCAAUGAGGAGAAGGAAACUGCCCAGAAGAUAUGCCAAGGAAUUUAUGCGGCGAGCUAGGAGUCACCUUUUCUCGAAAUCGUUUGGUUGGAAGCAAUUUUUGUCCUUGAUGGAACAGAAGGAGCCGACCAUCCUCCGUGCAUAUACCUCUCUCUGUUUGUCCAAGUCUGGUACUCUUCAGAAGAGUCAGAUAUUGGCAUCACUAAAUAACGCAGGACUUCCUGCUAAUGAAGAGAAUGCUAUAGCGAUGAUGAGAUUUUUGAAGGCUGAUACGGAGGAGUCUAUCUCAUAUGGACAUUUUCGUAAUUUCAUGGUUUUGCUGCCAUAUGAACGGUUACAAGAUGAUCCUCGUAACAUCUGGUUUGAAGCUGCGACUGUUGUUGCUGUUGCACCUCCUGUUGCCUUACCUGCUGGAGAUGUUCUAAAGUCUGCAUUAGCGGGAGGGCUUGCCUCCGCUCUCUCCACUUCUCUAAUGCAUCCGAUUGACACAAUUAAGACACGUGUGCAAGCAUCAACCUUAUCAUUUCCUGAAGUAAUAGCAAAGCUUCCGGAGAUUGGUGUCCGGGGAGUAUAUAGGGGUUCUAUUCCGGCAAUUCUUGGACAAUUUUCAAGCCAUGGCCUGCGGACAGGAAUAUUUGAAGCAAGCAAACUUGUGUUGAUCAAUUUUGCUCCCAAUCUCCCAGAAAUUCAGGUUCAAUCGAUUGCAUCAUUCUGCAGCACGCUAUUAGGCACAGCUGUGCGGAUUCCAUGUGAGGUGCUGAAGCAACGGUUGCAGGCGGGCAUGUUUAACAAUGUAGGGGAAGCCAUUGUAGGGACGUGGAAGCAAGAUGGUCCACGGGGAUUUUUCCGUGGGACAGGAGCAACUCUUUGCCGUGAAGUUCCACUAUACGUUGUUGGCAUGGGACUGUACGCAGAGUCCAAAAAGAUGGUGGCGCAAGCGCUGGGAAGAGAACUUGAGGCAUGGGAGACAAUAGCAGUUGGGGCAGUGUCAGGAGGUAUAGCAGCAGUUGUAACAACGCCAUUUGAUGUGAUGAAGACGAGAAUGAUGACUGCAACACCAGGGAGACCGAUCUCAAUGUCAAUGGUUGCUUUCUCGAUUCUGCGUCACGAGGGACCGCUUGGUUUAUUCAAAGGAGCAGUCCCGAGGUUCUUCUGGGUGGCUCCUCUUGGUGCCAUGAACUUUGCUGGCUAUGAACUAGCCAAAAAAGCUAUGCAGAAGAACGAGGAAGUCGUGGUGGCUGAUCAGCUUGGUCAGAAGAAACUUUGCUAAUGGGCUAUUUACUUUGCUUUGCUGCGAUGAAGUUUUUUUGGGGGCAGCUUAAGCCGGAGAGACUCCUCUUUUGUUAAAUGCUACAUUUGCAAAUUUUGACAAAAAAAAAAAGAAAAGAAGGGUUAAUUGUUUUGUUGUGUAUCCAAGACAAUUUCAUCUACUCAUUAUAAAACUCUGGUUCCAAAAAGAAAGUUGAUUUUUGGUGGUGC